GCAGGUGUGUUAGCCCAAAGAGGAAAGUCGUCGACCAUUGGAAAUUUGGAAUGGUUUCAUGCGGCGGAAGUAUUUCAGGGUCCUCAUUCCCUCUUGCCUUCUUCACGAUAUCAGUUCCUGCCCUUUCACACUUUCACUAGUAAGCAAAGAAACUCUAAGGACUUUCAUCUUCCAAGGACAUUCAUCUCAAAAACAUCACCACCUUAAAUCACACUUCGGACGAAAAGCACACCUAAAACCCACCUCAUCCGAACCACACCAGCACCACCAACCACCAUGUCGGACCCCACCUUCAAAAUCGAGACCCCCCGUCUCCUCAUCUCGUACCUCCAACCCGACCUCGACUCGCACUGCGACUUCCUCGUCGCCCUCUACAACACCCCCGAAUUCAUCGCCAACAACGGCAAGACACCCGUCACCACCCGCGACGUCGCGCGCCGUCAACUCGAGGGCCGCUUCCGUGCCGAACACGCCCGCAAUGGCUACGGCACUUACCUCUUCUCUCUCCGCAACCCUGCGAACCCAGACGAUCUGGCCUCCGCCACGCCAAUCGGUACGGUGUCGCUGAUGCGCGGGGAUGAGCCUGGAUCUUAUACCGCGCCGGAUUUGGGAUUUGCGAUUUUGUCCGAGUACAUGAGGAAGGGGUACACGAAAGAGGCGGCGCAGGGACUGAUGGAUUAUGUCGAGAGGGUGCAGGGGGUGAAGGAUAUCUUGGGACUUCACGACCCGGCGAAUAAGGCCAGUGGUGCCGUUUUCCGGAGCUUGGGGUUUGUGGACGUGGGAUUGAGGCAAUUGUUGGUGUUUGGACCGGAUGUAGUUGGGCAGGUGUGGAUUAAGAAGGGGAUGAGUGAGGAUGUUAGUGUUUAUGGGUUGCCAAAGGAGGCGCCGGCCGCUGUGGCAGUGCCGGAGAAGAAUGCGGAGGAGGUGGUGAAGGAGUCUGUGGGUGCUGUUGCGGCUUAAGAUUGGCUUGAUGGUCUAGAAGAAGAUGGUGAUGACUUCCAUGUCUUUUUCGUGAUUGAAGUUGCAACAAAUUCCCUGUGCUCAAUCUAUCAGUUUUUGGGAACAAACUUGAGUCCUUUCUCCUGCGUAUCCUUUUGCUCCCUUGACCUUUCGUGUCUAUCCGCAUCUUCUCCCGUCUUGCACUUCUUGUCCUUUCCCCCUUUCGAGCUCGUGUUUCUUUGGAAGUGAACGCGGUGCUUAAGUUCCUAGCCUAUGAGCACGAGAGGCCUAUAACAUCACCCCUGG